AUGCACCCGUCUUCUGCACUCGUCAUCAUGCUCUCCGCAGCAGGAGUUCUGGCAAUGCCCUCGGCGAACAGGGGACCCAGAGUCCACCUAAGAGCAGCCUCGGGACCAGAGGGCCACCUCGCCCGCGGCUUCGCUCAGGCGGUUUCACUGCCGCGGGCGCUAACGCUAGGCGACAUCGUGGAAGACGCUAAGAAAUGCGUGGAUAAAUGCGGGAAAGCGUAUACCAAGACACUCCUGAACAAGCCCAAGGAGAAGGAUGCCGUCAAGUGGAAGAAAGCAGCUGAUGAUGAGCUGGAGAAAUGCGAGGACAAAUGCAACGAGGAUGCCGAGGAGGAGCAGAAUAAGUACUUUAAAGAAAACAAAAUAGAAGAGAGGGAGAGCGAGGGCGAGAGCGGCAGCAGCAGCGACUGA